CUAUAUCGGAGACUCGACCACCCCGUUGCAACACAUUGCGAGGCUUACAAUUAGUUCUGUUUUUUAAAAAAACAAUAAAACCUGCGUCGAGUGCCGAUGUCGGCGGAUAAAUUGAUGCACGUAUUGUGAUGGCACUGGUACCAGAAAUGUUCAAACAAACAUGUCGAACAUGCCUCAGUACAAGAGGCGAAAUGGUUCCGAUAUUCUCAUCCGGCUUUUACGUAAGCCAACUACCAAAGAAGCUCAUGGCUUUCACAAGGCUUGAGAUAUCCGAAAACGACGGUCUGCCGAAGGUGAUUUGCAAGAAAUGCUUGUUCCUAGCAGAAUCUUUCUAUUGUUUCAAGGAACAAUGCGAAUCUGCUGAUAAUCAGUUGAAAUUUCUACUAAAGAACAAAUUGAGCAACAAGGAUACUUUAAUCGCCAGAAAGACACCCGAUUCACAGAUAUCGGGCAGCGGCUCUUGCGGUCUUGGCUUCGCCGAUUCAUUCGGUGGAUUUGCAAAUUUUCUUUCAAGCAAUGAAAAACAGCAGCAUAACAAAAGAAAUGCUUUUACUCAGCCCCAGGGUAUUGAAGAUGACUACGUAGUUGAAUAUAUUUCGGAUGAAGUGAGAAUUGAGGUUGAAAACGCCAUGAAAAGGAGGCAAGAAGCUGAGAGGAGAAUCAGUAUGGAGAAAGUAUCGCACAGUGUCCGAAAUCUGCAAGGAAUCGAAGUGGUUCCUGUGACUGAUCUAUGUGCUGGGCGACACGAAAAGAGUUCUGAUAGAAGAAAAGAGGACAUUGUUGUGUUUCCUGUAACCGUUUCUAGGAAAAGAAGCAAAUCGAUUGAAAGCAUUGUUAUCGAGGAUCCGGCGCCACUCACCAAGAGGCUUAGACUUCCUGCAGAGACUUCGUUCACAAAAGUUGAUUUGAACAAAGUGAGAAAUGGGGAUUCUUCAACUUGCGGGGAACAUAAAAAAAUGAACUUUUCUACGGUAAAAAAAUGUGUUAAAAUUAACGAAGAAGGAUGUGGUAGCAAGGAUAAUUCUCAGCUGAAAAACAAUACCAAUAUUAUUAUUGUUAUCGACGAUGACAAUGAAAUGGAGGAUCCCCAGGUUGAUCAGGAUCCAAAGAAUCAAAUGGAUGUAAAGAUCUUGGAAAAUGUUUUACAAAAACAAGAUUUGGACUUGAAUGAAAGUAAAGGUGAAAGGGAGACAAAAGUGGACGAAAGAAAGCCAGAAAGGGAAUCAAUUCAGAAACCAGAAGUCGUCGGUGCUAAUGAAAUUAGCAAAUUUCCCGAUAUUUCCGUUGGAAUUAAUUCAGUCGAGAGUGAAGAACGAGCGGUAGAAAAAACUUCUAUUUGCCAUUCAGAAACAGUAGAAACUAUGGGAUAUUUCACCGAGGAAUACGAGGAGGAGCAGGCACAUAACUCUUCAGACGAUUCCCAGGGUUACCAUCUAGUCGCAAAGUCUACUGUUGGGUCUAUUAUCAGCGAAACUGACGAUCCUACUGUUCCGGAUAUCAGUAUGAGGAUUGAUGGAGAGGACAUUUUAAGUUACGAGGAUGUGAACGACAAAAGGAGUGGCGAGAUAUUUAUUAAAAAUGAAGUCAGCAACACAAAUAAUAACUGCUCUUUCUCAGUUGAAAAAAAGGAGAGAGAGAACAAUAAUUCAAACGUGAAUUGCUCUGUCGAAACUGAAACUAAUCGGAGACCAGCAUCCAUUUGCAGCUUGGACAGUUUCUCUUAUAAAGAAACGUCAUCCGCGCUACUGGGUGUUGAUUCGUCAAGUAUGGAUAAAAAGUAUCGGCAAAAAGAUUGGCUGAAAGAUAUUCAAGAUAAUUCGUUGAAAUUCGAAGAUUCGGCCAUUUUUCCUUAUCAACGACGCAGAGACACUCAACCACAGUCUUACCGCUGCACCACAUGUUUUGGCAAUUUUGAAUCGCUGCCAGCAGUACUGAAGCACAAUGUACAGGAACACAUGCCGGACGAAGCUCCUUUCACUUGUUUUAUUUGUGACGUAAGCUUUGACAACAAGAGUAAACUUUACGACCACGUUGACGAACACAACGGAUCAAAGCCUUUCAAAUGUUCGUUCUGCCCAAAGACAUUUAAUAUGCAGAGAAAACUGAAGCGACACAUUCAUAAUCACAUUAAUUACAAAUCAUUCGUAUGCGAGGUAUGCAGAAAGAGUUUCACGAAGAAAUCAUCUCUUGAAUCUCAUAUGUACCUUCAUAUCGGGGAUGUACCUUUCGCUUGCAAUAGCUGCGACGUUUCAUUCAAUAAUAAAAUCUCUCGGCAAAGACAUGUCACAACGGCUGAUGAAAAACUUGACACUGUCGUUUGCAAAUUUUACAACAAGGAUUUGCCCGACAACAGGUCUUUUACAGAGAAUCAGAGCAGGGAGGCCCAGGAUUCUGAUGGUUUUUGGGAAAAUAAACUGAACUCAGAAAAGCAAAGUGGAGAAAAUGGAGCCGCUUUAUCAACUGAGAUUAAGGUCCACUGCACCAAAGCUGAACUAGAUACUAAGGAGAAUAAUUCCUCGUCUUGCAACGCGACAGUGGUUGGAGAUGCCGAAAGAAAGGCAAAUGGGCAAAGUAGACCCCGGAUGAAAGCAGAAAAUUUUAACGACGGUUGUAUGGAGGAAUUAACCACCUAUUCCGAAACAUUGGCUGAAAUACCGUCGUUGAUAGCGGAGAACACUGAAUAG